AUGGCUCGUGAAAGUGACGCACCCGAAGUUGUACCUGGGGCGAGCGAUCUCAUCCCGGUCCCAAACGAGGCUGAUGGCCUACAUGCUGUGUCACAAGAAGACUACCCGCGACCGGACGAGUACUCCCGCGCACCAAGCUACUCUGCAGGACAUUUCGAUCCGCCCAGUGAGAAGAAGGGCGCUCUCGCAGAAGAAGAUACACAUAUGCUAGCAGCCGCAUCGAAACCGGGCUCAAGAAAGCGAAGGCGUCUCAUCUUGAUCAUUGCUGGAUUGGUGCUGCUUCUCCUCGCGAUUGGACUAGGAGUUGGUCUUGGUGUAGGGCUAUCACAAAACAGUAAAGACACCAACGAGCAGCAACAAUCAACCGCACCGAACUCCACAGCAACCCAGACGCCGACCUCAACGACCUCCUCCCCAGUCACAGCCGGCACAACCGGCCUGGCCCAAUAUUUCUGCACCGACUCCCAAAACACCACCUCCCCCUCCGGUACAACCUACACCCAAACCUGCGGCGAACAAUUCCAAGUCGGCCACCCCUCCUACUACAACCAAAACAUCACCAUGGAGAAUCUCGACCACACAACCGUCUACACCUUCUCCGCAUGUCUCGAGUCCUGCGAUGGCUGGAACGCCGCCAACAACCACCCAGCCUGUCGCGCCGUGACAUACUAUGCGAAUUUGACCGCGCCCGUGAAGAUGUGGGGCGGCAAUUGCUUUUUGAAGAAUGAUCGUGGUCAGGGGUAUAGGAGCGAUCCGGUGGAUUAUGAGCAUACGGUUAGUGCGUGGCAGGGGUGUUUAAAUGUUACUUGUUUUGGGACGGAUUGA